AUGCCACCCUAUGUCCCCCGCAAGCGAGUCCGCGAUGAAUCUCCCACUCCAGCCUCUCCAGCCAACGAACAGCAGAAGAGCAACGCAAAACGAAGAAAAGGCAAAGAAGACGGCAACAUGAAAACCUCCAAGUUGACAGCCCCGCCUCGCAAGCCCACCCUCUUCGACGCACUCGACGCCACCGCCAGUCCCGCAGGUUCCUCAUCCAAGAUCACCAGUCUCGCAGCAUUAGCCGCACUUGACGAGAGCUCCUCCGAUGACGACUCCAAUUCUCUCUCAUCCCUUUCUGACGGUGACUUUGAAGAUGUUCCCGUCCCCAAGAAGAAGAAACAAGAGCUCAGCACGCAGGCAAACGGAGAGGACAACGAUAACAAGAAACUGCAACAACCAGCUCCAACGAAAAAUGUCCGAAAAGUACCCGCAAAGCGAGGAAAGGUCAGACCUACACCUGAAGACGGAAACCUCAAAACCACCAAGUUAACAGCUCCACCACGAAAACUAACUCUCUUCGAUGCCCUCGACGCCACCGCCAGUCCCGCAGCUUCCUCAUCCAAAACCACUAGCCUCGCAGCAUUAGCCGCACUCGACGAGAGCUCCUCCUCCAAUUCCAGUUCCCUCUCCUCCUUAUCCGACGGCGACUUUGAAAAUGUCCCUGUCCCGGUCCUCAAGAAACAUAAGGCCAACAAAGCCCAGUCCAUCCUGGAAGAAAAGGACGACUCAGACGAAGAUCUCAUCUUCGAAGACGUCGAACCCUACCAGCUCCCACAAUCACUCUCAGCAAACAUCCCUGAAGUGCCUACGGGUGAUCUCGAGCUGACGCUCAUUCGCGACACGCGCAUCUCGCUCGCCAACGCGCUGGGGAAGAAGGGGCCGUCGAAACUGGAGCGGAGGAUACGCGUCUCGACGCACUGUGUGCAUGUCCAGUUGCUUCUGUGGCACAAUGCUGUUCGCAACGCGUGGUUGUGCGAUCCGGAGGUACAGGGGAUUUUGCUGUCGCAUUUACCGCCGAGGUUGUGGGAUGAGGUGGAUAGGUGGAGGAGGGGUAGUGGGCUGGAGGUGGUGGAGGUAUCUAAUGAUGGUGAUGGUGAUGAUGAGAACGAGGCUUUGACUAAGAAGAAGAAGGGAUCUGUGCAGAAAAAGACGACAAAGGCACAGGUGAAAGGGAGAGGGGUGGAGAAGGGGAAGGUUGUUAAAGGGAAAGAUGCUGCUGGACCGGUGGACAGGUCGCGGGAUUGGGGCCAGGCGGCGAAACAUCUGGAAAAGGGCGCGGUGGAUAUGAGCCAUGGCGAUCCCCUGUUUCGGUUGAUGAAGGUUCUCAGUGCGUGGUGGAAGCAGCGGUUCCGGAUUACUGCACCGGGACUACGGAAAUGGGGGUACAUGAUGCUGGAAAGGUUGGAUCGGUUGACCAAGGCCUUCAACCAGGAGGAACAUCAGCCGGAACGAUUUGGAGAGCGGAUUCCUAGUUUGGAAGACUUUCGCGGAUGCGCCUCGGAAUGCACCGGAAGCCGUGAUGUUGGUGCUCAACUUUUUACGGCGUUGUUGAGGGGGUUAGGACUCGAAGCUAGGCUAGUAGCUAGUCUACAGCCAUUGGGGUUUGGCUGGACCAAAGUUGAAGAGGCAGAUCCGGAGAAGGAGGGAGAUCUCAACCCUACACCGAAAAAGAAGGUGGUGGCUAAGGAGACCGUCACAACGCAAGCUUCGGAGACAUCAACGAGACGUGGUGCUAGCCGAAAGGCUACGAAGAUCCAGAGGUCUAACUCGGAGCUCAUAGCAGCAGACAGUGACGAUGAUCUAGUCAUUAGCGAUCCCGAACCCGAACCGAUACCUCGAAAAAGCAACAAGCUCUACGACAAGGACCUGGAGUUUCCCCAUUACUGGACCGAGGUUCUUUCCCCGGUGACCAAGAAGUAUCUACCAGUUGAACCUCUGGUGAAAUCCGUCAUUGGGACCAGUCGGGAGUUAAUAGAAUCUAUGGAACCACGGGGUAUGAAGGCGGAUAAGGCCAAACAAGUCAUGGCCUAUGUCGUAGGCUACUCGACAGACGGAACGGCAAAGGACGUCUCAGUGCGCUACCUCAAACGACAAACCUUGCCAGGGCGAACCAAAGGCAUGCGGAUCCCCAUCGAGAAGGUUCCUGUCUACAACAAGUACGGCAAGGUAGCGAGGUACAAGAUGCACGACUGGUUCCAGGAAGUGUUGAAAGGCUACGCCAGAGGCGGCAGGAGCAAGCCCGCCCUAACGGACGUCGACUUGGAAGAAGACGCGACAGACCUGAAGCCCGCCAAAUCUGAGAAGAAGGAAGUCAAAGAAGGCGAAGAAACUCUGCAGUACUACAAGCAGUCUAAAGAGUUCGUACUCGAACGCCACCUGAAGCGCGAGGAAGCACUACUACCCAAUGCGCGACCGGUGAAGAUGUUCAGGAACAAGGGCGGGAGGAAGAAGGAAACGGCCACCACCCAAGACGAACCUGUAUACUCACGCAAGGAAGUAGUCCAAGUCAAAAGCGCCGAAACCUGGCACAAGCAAGGACGAGCUCCCCUCCCCGGCGAGAAACCAUUAAAGCACGUACCCUACCGCGCAGCAACUAACAAUCGACGUCGCGAGAUUGCCGAAGCCGAGAGGCGUACGGGCCAGAAGGUGUUGCAGGGCUUGUACAGCUUCGACCAGACAGACUGGAUCAUCCCGCCGCCCAUCGAAAACGGCGUUAUCCCCAAGAACGAGUACGGCAACAUCGAUCUCUUCGCCGAGCACAUGUGCCCUGAGGGAGCAGUGCACAUCCCCUACCGCGGCGCGAUGCGGGUGUGCAAGCGGCUCGGGAUUGACUAUGCCGAGGCGGUGGUGGACUUUGAGUUUGGACACAGGAUGGCGGUGCCGGUGAUUCAGGGCGUGGUUGUUGCAGAGGAGCAUCAUGACCAAGUGAUGGAGGAGCUGGCCAAGGAUGAGGUGGAGAAGAAGAGAAAGGAGGAUGAGAAAAGACGGAAGGCGGCGUUGGGGAUGUGGAGAAAGUUUUUGAUGGGAAUGAGGAUCGUGGAGAGGAUUAAGCAGGAUUACGGGCAUAUGAGUGAUGAGGUGGAGGUAUUUGGGAAGCAUGGUCGAGGUGCCGGAGGAUUUUCUGAAGUCAGGGGCGUGGCUGAAGCCGAAGCCGAAGCAGCUCGGGAAGAUGAGUAUAUGGGUGGUGGUGGAUUUUUGCCGGAGGGCUUCGAGGUUGAAGAUGAUGAGAGGGAUGAAGCCCAGCUCAGGUCUUCUUUCUUCCCAGUGGUGGACGAAGAUGACGAGGAUGAAGAUGCACUGGAGGUUGAUCACGGAGAGGGGGGCGACAACCAGGAAGAACCGGCAAAGAAGGAAGAGGCCGCGGUGAUGAGUACAAGACCUAAGCGCAAGGCGGCUGCCAAGGCCAAGGCGAGUGUUGCGGGCUCGCGAAGGAGAACGAGGCGUAAUGUCCCUUCAAGUGAUGAUGAUGACGAGGAUGAAGACAAGGAGGCAGAUUUGGAAAUGUCAGAUUUGGAGGAUGAUGAAGAGGCUUUCUGA